GCUACUUAAAGGCUGCGAGCUCGUCGACAGGAGGUGAACGCUGCCCUUCCCGGCCCUACUCAAACUGGAUUCUAACUCACCCUCCUUUCAAAGCCGCCCGAUGAGAGCGGCGGUCCUCACUCCCGACGCAAACCCUGCCCGAGGCCGAGGCGAUCGGCAUCGCGCCCCGCUCGCCGGCGGCUGCUCCGUACACUCCCAGCCCGAUGCUCAACUGAUCGGGGCCGAGGUAGGACUGAUUUCGGACACUCUUACCGAACUGUUCAGGUCGGCGAGCUGGGAUUGUGCAGAGUGAGAGCAGCAUGGAGAAGAGUUUGCAUCUGUGUGGGCCCCAGGCAGCCGCUGCCAGGCCGCCUCUCCAGAGUGGCCAGUGUACGAAGCUGGACUGCUCCAGACCCUCCGCGGGAAACUUCCCACCAGAGGUGACUUUAUCCUGCAAAGUGCCGCUCAUCAAUACCUUCCUCAAGAAGAAACACGCACAGAGGAAGUUGGAGGCGAGGAAUCUCCGGGCGCUGGGAUUAAUCCUCACUAGUUUGCUACGAUCCGACAAGCUGGGCGGCGGGGUUUUUCUUUCUGGCAGCUGUGUAGAGAAUCGGACCAGUUUGUUUGAACCUUUGAAAAAAGACUCGAGUGAAACUCAAGCGUGCCCGAAGUCAGGAAAUGAUGUUUCCACACUGGUGCCAUCUGCGGGAAGUCCUGGCCAGAUGCAGCAGCCGCUGGGACUGGAACAUGAUGGCCAGGAGACUGGGCUCCCAGCUGAUCAACCCUUUGCUACAGAGGCAUCUGCCAUUAUCUCCGCUUCUGCAAACUUGCCAUUCCAGAACUUGACACAUUCCACCCAAGAUGCUAUCACCACAGAGUGCUGUGGCAACAUGGCCCAAUCUCAUGCCAAUAGCUUCUAUCAGAACCCCUUCUGUCAUGACCGACUGAACCAGGUGAAGGCCGAGAAAGAUUUAAAGACUGGCAUUUUUCAGGAUAAGAGCGAGGAGGCAUCCAUCGACCUUGUCUUUGAUCUUUUGACUCAGUUACAGUAUCACACCCAUCAGAAAGAUGGAAUAGAGAUAUGUGAUGAAUUUUUGCAGGGGAUUUGUGUUUAUGGGAAUGACUGUCUGAAACAUCACACAGUGCUACCUUAUCAGUGGCAGCUGAGAAACAUUGCAACUCAGACUUGGCAGGCAGUGCCCGAUGAGGCGCAAGAACAUUUAGAAAGACUGUACUGCAAUCCUGACAAUGACCAAGUCAAACUUCAACAUCAGGGUCGUGUUUUCUCACUAGACUUUAACUUAAUGACAGUUUAUGAUGUAGAAUUCAACCAAGUGAGGAGAUUGUCCACUGUUUCCUUGGCAAGUUCCGGCUCACAAUUCCACACAGUUUGGAAGUACUAUUGCAGGGAACACUUUGGCUGGAGAGAAUAUUCUGAGGCAGUUGUUCGAUGCAUCGAGGAAGCCUCAUCUCGCGGUAUGAGUGAGAUCUGUUUUGUCAUGCAGCAAAAUAGAUAUAUCCUGAAUUUAAUGGAGGGCUUUCAGCAGAAUGCUGUUUUUGGCACUCGGCGACGAAUCACCCGACGACCCUUAUUUCGCUCUUCUGUACUGCUGUUACCCUGUUUACAGACUUUAGCUGGUAUAUCAGGCAGUCUUGCAAAGUUACCAGAUGGAUCAGUUUCUCAACAAGUGGGCUUUCCUGCUGUCUCUUCCCACUCAAAACUCUAUCCUGAAACAUGGAUUUCAAUGGAACUAUCAGAAGAUUUCAUUCAAGUGCCUGUUUCCCUAGAAGACAAAAGCUAUAGAACUGUGUAUAAUCUUUUCCACAAAACAAUACCAGAAACCAAAUUUAGGAUUUUAAAUAUACUAAGGGUGCAAAACCUAUAUCUUUGGGAAAAGUAUAAAAGGAAAAAGGAGUACAUGUCGCGAAAGAUGUCCGAAAUGGACAAGAUCCUUAACGAAAGACAUCUAUUUCACGGGACCUCUCAGGAUGUAGUUGAUGCCAUCUGUAAACAUAAUUUUGACCCCAGGGUAUGUGGAAAACAUGCCACCAUGUUUGGACAAGGCAGCUAUUUUGCCAGAAAGGCAAGCUAUUCUCACAACUUUUCAAAGAAGUCACAAGAAGGUGUUCAUUAUAUGUUCUUAGCAAAAGUCCUUAUAGGGAAGUACACAUUGGGUAAGCCUUCAAUGCGGAGACCACCACCACAAUCUCCUGCUGAUCCUUCCAGUGAUUUGUAUGAUUCAUGUGUGGAUAACCUGCUGGAACCUCAGAUUUUCGUCAUCUUUAAUGAUGACCAGAGCUUCCCUUACUUCAUUAUUCAGUAUGAGGAAGUUGGAAGCACAGUCACUGUUUGAUGAACAGUGAUUAACAACAAUUAUAAACAAUGAACUUAUCUACACACUAUAGACUUAUCAUUUACAGAUAAACUAUAUGACACAUGUAAAUGGCCAGCUGUUGUGAGACUACUGCACUAGCAGUUUCUUGACAAGUGUAAAUAGUGAAAUACAUUCAUUGCCUUGAACAAUGUUCAUAUGUUUAUGUGCCUCUUUGUGAAUGAGUGUGUAUUUAUAAUAGAAAAUAUGUUGCCCAUUUUUAAGUCUGAAGUAUUUGAGAAACGUUGUAUACUUGACCUGAGUACAGUAGUUUUAUUUUUGAAAUAUCAGAAGCUGAAGUUGUGGAAAUUAAAUGUUGAGCACUUUUAAACCAAAGUUUUAUAUUGAGACAUUGCUCGUGAUCUCAGUGAGGUGAAGCAACUGCCAUAGAUACAGGGGAAAAGUGCAUUAUGCUUACCUUACUUGCAGUAGAUAAAAUCUGCCACAGCAGUCAUGUCAUUCGCCACAAGAAAGGAAGUCCUUACCGUGAGAAAGGCCCAGUUGGUUCUUUCUCAGAGCUGUAAAUUGUGGUGACUGCGCUCUUGAUCUCACUGUCACAUUCUUCACUUCUCAAUCAACUUUGAUCAUUUUCUUGGUCCACUUUUGUCCUCCAUUAAUAAACUGGGACCAACAUAUAGCAGAGUGGGACCCAUUACUGAGAGACAGAAAGAACUGUACAGAUCCAUUGUAUAAUGUGUUAGUUGUAAAGCAAGGGGAACUAAACAGAAAAUAGUUAAAACCGUAAACAUCCCAUUAAUGAGUACCAAAUAUAAUUUUAUAUUCCCAGUCUCUAAAAUCCUUCUACUCCUCUAUAGUUCACAGCAGAGGACAAUUCUUCAAACCACAGUAUUAUUCUGCAGUGAUAAUGUGGGUUUAUCAGAUUUUUAGUGUAAGACUGAAGGUUUAGAAUCAUUUGGCCUGACACUGGAAACCUGACUGUGCCUCCACAGUAACCUCCACACGCUUUGCUUUGUUGAUCAGAUACAAGAGAAAGUUUGCUCCAGUUACAGGAAGAGGGGUCAGUCAGCCUUGAAAAUGUCAUCACAAUGCAUUCUGGGAGCAAUUGUAUGUAGAGAAGCCAAUCACACAACUUUAGUUAGACUGUUCAUAGCACUGACAUAUUGUGUCCUCCAAAAGCUACAAGCAAGAACGCUAUCAUCAGUUGAGUUUUGAUAGAAUCUGCCUGUUUCUAACUUAAUUCUGUCUCACGUUAAUUAUUUCGCUUCAAAAUAAAUACUGACUAUUGGAAGCCACAGAGCCAUUAAGUAGCAGCUGCUUUUUUUAAAAAAAAAUUGUGGUCUGGGUAGGCAUGCCAGUGUUCUCUACUAUCCUAGGACUACAGACAUUAGAACAGGAGGAAACUAUUGAAAAACGCUCCUUAUGGGCGCUGUUCAUAGGGAGAACAGCAGUGACGAAUGCAGAAGAUAAAGUCUAUAACAAACAAGUUGAUUUCUAAUACUUAUGGGCCUAAAUUUUCAGAUCGACGGGCGGGCGCAAUUGCUGGGCCCGGAAGCGGUCAGUGAAUGGACCGCUGACUGUGAUCGGCCCCCAACCGUGAUUUCACAUUGGUGGGCCAAUUAAUGGCCAGCCAGUGUGAAAGGCACGCUGAAAUGCUCAGCGCUGCCAAGGUACGGGCGGGAGGAGAGUGGGCGUUGAAGUCAGCGAGGGCGCCAGGGAGCGCUCACAGAAAGCUCCCUGAAGCUAGAGAGCUAGCUGCCUCAGGGAGCUGAAAAGUUCAAAUCCAAUAAAAACAGAUUUUAAAAUCUGGAAAAAAUACCCACGCUUCAGGAACAGUUAUCUGUACAUGAAAAUUCUGUGCAAACAUUUUUAAUUUUUUAAAUUAACAUCGGACGCCUCAUCCUGCCCUUGGACUAAGUUUCCUGAGAAAGGCAAAGGCUGCCUGGCCAAUUUGCCUGCCCGUCAACCGUAACAUUGGACGGGCAGCAAAAAAUUACGGUUGAUUAUAUGUUAAUGGCCUUAACAGGCCUCUUAAUUGUCAGCAGGCCCGCUGCUGAUUCUCGCGCACGCCCCAAACUGAAAUAUUGCAUGAGUGUGUGAUGAUGUUGUCUUGCUUGCCAGACGUCAUCACGCACUGGUUCACGCUCGAGCGUGUCGGGCGCGUGCUUGCACACCGAGCGAAAAAUUCUGCCCAUGAGUUCCAGAAUUCUGUAACAAAUCACUUUUAUAGAAUUGAAAAAUCAGGGCACAUGCAGGCAAAAGCACAACAGCCUAAUAUGCUGAAGUAGAAAAUAUGCCUUCUGAAAAGCACUGAUUGCUUUGGGCACGUUGCAAUUAUAGUUGACAUCCUAAAGGAUCAAAAAGCCAGUGUUGUCAAUAAAAUAACAGAAGGAUCAGGGAUAAUAAAAGGACUAUAACUGGAUCAAAGAACAGUGUCCAUAUUGUGUGAAAAAAUGGAUAGUUACAGAAGUGCAUGAAUAAGACCAAGUGUAAAACUCUGUUUGAUUUUCAUGAGUUUUCCCAAUUUACAUGUUAUCCAAUUAGGCAGAAGGCUAAAUCCACAUCCUGUACUUGGUUAAAUUGAUGUAUUUAUUGCCAGUGCACCGAGUCUGAAAUUGAGACUGAUGUAAAACUGUGGGUAGAUCCGUGCAUAUUUUAUUCUUAAAUACAGUUUCAAUCUGAAUUGACACUAUUUUGAAACUCAGUUAGCAGGAAGACCUGUUUUAAGUUGUAGUUGAACACGCCCAUUGGUUGAAAUAAGAGAAGAAUUUGAUACGUGCCUGUUAAGCAUACAUAUGAUGAUAGGAAUUUCUCCCCCAUCUAUUUGUGUGAAAGGAGAACAAUUGGCCAUUACUAUGAUGUAUUAAUCCUAUGAUAUUACAGGCAUUUAAUAUUGUAUGAAACCACUUUUUAAUCAUCUUUGCCUUAAUUCCUACAGACUUGUGUAAAAAUCAUUUGUACAGAAACAGGCCUACAAGCUUUUACUUAUGAUCACAUUUUGCCACAAACCAAUGCACAGACUAAUGAAAGAAUUUAUCUGCUAUCAUUUUACAGUGUGAUUACAGCUGCAUUAUUAGAUACAUUUAUCAAAAAGGGUAUCAACUAAGCAUCUGUCUUAAACAUAUUCUGACAUUUUCCUUCCUGUCUUACACAUAUUCUGACAUUUUCCUUCCUGUUUCUAAGAAGCUUGCAAAGCUGCAAAACAGAGUUUUCUUGAUUUAUUUAUUGAGCUAAACAUCACAUGCACUCAGUGCCAUAUUUGUGGCCCUUCCAGAGGGAAGGGGCUGGAUUUUAACUCUGUGCAAGUGAAUGGAUUUUGAUUGAGUUAAAAUCUCUCCCAAGAACUCUAUAAUUAUUGUAUACCAAUUGAUGAUGCUCAGCUGUACUUACUGACUCAUACAAUGAUAAAACAUUGAAAUAAAAUUAGCUAACUUAUUUCCUGA